AUGGCUGCGGAAGAGGCAGAUGUGGAUAUCGAAGGGGAUGUGGUGGCUGCGGCUGCGGCGGCACCGCCAGGAAAUGAUGAAAAUAAAGCAUCACUUUUACAAGAUCACUAUCUGGACUCAUCAUGGAGAAAUGAGAAUGGCCUUAUUCCUUGGACUCUUGAUAGCACCAUCAGUGAAGAGAACAGAGCUGUCAUUGAGAAAAUGUUGUUGGAAGAAGAGUAUUAUUUAUCUAAAAAAUCACUUCCAGGAAAAUUCUGGCUUGAUAAAAAGGAAGAUAAUAAAAAACAAACGAACAGUCUGCAGAAAACAGCAAAAAUCAUGGUACACUCUCCUACAAAACCAGCCAGUUACUCAGUAAAGUGGACGAUAGAAGAAAAAGAGCUGUUUGAACAAGGGCUGGCUAAAUUUGGUCGAAGGUGGACUAAAAUUGCAAAGCUGAUUGGAAGUCGCAGUGUUUUACAAGUGAAGAGUUAUGCCAGACAAUACUUUAAAAAUAAGGUAAAAUGGAGUCCAGAGAAAGAAACACCAAAUCAGAAGAGCAGCAGUGAUCAUCAGGUUAAAAAUGAAGAUAAAGGGACAAAGGCAUGGACACCAUCAUGUUUAAGGGGACGUGCUGAUCCCAACCUGAAUGCUGUAAAAAUUGAAAAGUUGUCUGAUGAUGAAGAAGUAGACAUCACAGAUGAGGUGGAUGAGUGGGCUUCUCAGACAUCACAUAAGAAUUGUAGCAGUGGUCUCUUGUUAGACAUUCCUAAUAGUAAAACACAUGAAUCCAGUCAAGAAAUCAGAAGCCAGGAAAUUCUCUUUUGCAGAUCUUCCAGGGAAUAUCUUCAGAACAUAAAACAAGAUGAGAUGAAAACACUUUCAAGCUCAGAAAUUACAUCAUGGACCAAAAAACAGAGCAACAAUGAAAAUGACUCAGCUGAAGUAAAUGAUCAGAAAUGCAAUAAACUGAUUAAAAAUGGUGACAAGCAAGGUGGAAAUGGAAUAGAUGACUCCAGGCAGUGUCCUUCUCCAGAGCCUUGUGAAAUUCAGAAAGAUUUUAGUGAUAAUGAAAUGCUUUUUCAUUCUUCCUGCCAAAUGGUGGAGGAAAGCCAUGAGGAAGAAGAGCUUAAGCCACCAGAACAAGAAGUAGAAAUAGAUAGAAAUAUUAUUCAGGAAGAAGAAAAACAAGCAAUUCCUGAGUUUUUUGAGGGACGCCAAGCUAAAACACCAGAACGCUAUUUGAAAAUUAGAAAUUACAUUUUGGAUCAGUGGGAGAUAUGCAAACCGAAAUACUUAAAUAAGACCUCAGUACGUCCUGGCCUGAAGAACUGUGGGGAUGUUAAUUGUAUUGGACGGAUUCAUACAUACCUCGAGUUGAUAGGAGCAAUCAAUUUUGGAUGUGAACAGGCUGUAUAUAAUAGACCACAACCAGUUGAUAAAGUUCGAAUCAGAGACAGAAAAGAUGCAGUAGAAGCAUACCAGCUUGCCCAGCGUCUGCAGUCUAUGCGAACAAGGAGACGAAGGGUUCGAGAUCCAUGGGGAAACUGGUGUGAUGCAAAGGACUUAGAAGGACAAACAUUUGAGCAUCUGUCUGCUGAGGAGUUGGCAAAAAGAAGAGAAGAGGAAAGGGGCAAACCUGUUAAACCUUCAAAAGUGUCAAGACCAACAAAAAGCUCAUUUGAUCCCUUCCAACUGAUACCUUGUAAUUUUUUCAGUGAAGAAAAGCAGGAGCCAUUUCAGGUGAAAGUAGCUUCAGAAGCACUUUUAAUAAUGGAUUUGCAUGCUCACGUCUCUAUGGCAGAAGUAAUUGGUCUGUUAGGAGGAAGAUACUCAGAAGUUAAUAAGAUAGUUGAAGUCUGUGCAGCAGAACCAUGUAACAGUCUGAGUACAGGACUACAGUGUGAGAUGGAUCCUGUAUCACAAACACAGGCCUCAGAAACCUUGGCUGUUAGAGGUUACAGUGUUAUUGGAUGGUAUCAUUCUCAUCCUGCAUUUGAUCCUAAUCCUUCCUUAAGAGAUAUUGACACACAAGCCAAAUACCAGAGUUACUUCUCCAGAGGAGGUGCAAAGUUCAUUGGGAUGAUUGUUAGUCCCUAUAAUCGAAACAAUCCUUUACCAUAUUCCCAGAUUACCUGCCUGGUUAUAAGUGAGGAAAUUAGCCCAGAUGGCUCCUAUCGUUUACCUUACAAAUUUGAAGUACAACAGAUGUUAGAAGAACCUCGGUGGGGAUUAGUAUUUGAAAAGACAAGAUGGAUAAUAGAAAAAUACAGGCUCUCCCCUAGCAGUGUCCCCAUGGAUAAAAUCUUUCGCCGGGAUUCUGACCUGACUUGUCUGCAGAAACUUUUGGAGUGUCUGAGAAAAACUCUGAGCAAAGUAACUAAUUGCUUCAUUGCUGAGGAAUUCUUGACGCAAAUAGAAAAUUUGUUCCUUUCCAAUUACAAAAGCAAGCAAGAAAAUGAAGUGGCUGAAGAUACUGCAAAGCAAUUAUUAAUGUAAUUAUUAAAGUAAGACAUUUUAAUCUAUAGAAUAGAUCCUACUUUUAAAGUUAUAACCUUGAAAUGAUUGUAAUU